AUGGCAAGCACUUCAAGCGAUGGUGUGCCUUAUUAUGGUUCUGUAAGCGAUGCCACGCCCUUCAUUAAAAAUGGAGUCAAAGCUACAAUUACGAAAACGCCAGAAAAGCCUCCAAAGGAGAAACCAGGGAAAGAAGGAAGAGGGAAGGCUUUUAAGCAAAUAGUCGCGGCUUUGAUUGUCAACUUGGGGACUAUUAAUACUGGUAUGGCGUUUGGUUUUUCCGCGACGGCGCUGCCGCAACUGAAGAGUGGUAAUUCAACUCUGACGAUUACUGAAAGUGAGGCCAGUUGGAUUGCUAGUUUAAGCGCAGUGGGUACACCAAUAGGCUGUAUUCUAAGUGGUUACUUGAUGGACAACAUAGGCAGACGACGAACUCUCAUAUUUACUGAAGUGCCUCUCAUAAUAGGAUGGAUCACGAUAUCCUUCGCCCAGAAUGUUAUAAUGAUUUAUAUUGGUCGGUUGUUGGUGGGCCUCGGGUCUGGUAUGGUGGGUGCCCCAGCCAGGGUGUAUACUUGCGAGGUAUCUCAGCCUCAUUUGAGAGGAAUGUUAGGAGCCAUGGCGUCUGUCGGCGUUUCUACUGGUGUUUUGAUAGUGUAUAUAAUCGGCAGUGCAACAUCAUGGAACAUCUUAGCUGGCGUGAGUGCUAUCGUACCUAUAAUAUCACUACUGGGUAUGUUUGUCCUUCCUGAGACACCGAACUACCUGCUAAAUCAAGAUAAGACGGAAAAGGCUGAAAAGUCCCUUUCGAAGCUUCGAGGGUCCACUUGCAACCUAAAUGAUGAAAUACAGAAAAUGAUUUCCUUUAAAGAGAAGAAUCACGUUGAACCGUUGAAGUCAACUCGAGAAAUAGUAAAGGCGUUACUUGCGCCAUCGACUCUGAAGCCGUUUGGAAUAUUGGCGUUGUACUUCUUUAUUUACCAGUGGUGUGGUGUUAAUACCAUCACUUUCUAUGCCGUCGAAGUGUUUGAGGCAUCCGGGGCAACGUUAGACAAGUAUUCCUUAACAAUAUCGAUGGGAGUGCUUCGAGUAAUAUUCACCGUCGUGGGAUGUAUUUUGUGUAGACGCUGCGGAAGGCGACCUCUUACGUUUGUAUCGUCUCUCGGGUGCGGUACUUCAAUGGUAGUACUAUCAGUGUACCUCUACUACGUGCAGUACUGGAAGGAGAAUAAUCUGCCACCACAAUAUUCGUGGAUCCCAGUAGCCAGUAUAUACCUCUUCAUGAUAUUCUGUACCCUGGGAUUCCUCAUCGUACCCUGGAUUAUGAUUGGCGAGGUCUAUCCUACGCAGGUUCGUGGCAUAGUCGGUGGUAUGACGACAUGUGUGGCUCACAUGUCAAUAUUCACUGUGGUCAAAACAUUCCCUCUACUUAAGCACUCGCUCAAUGACUAUGGGACUUUUGGCCUCUAUGGAGCUUUAUCACUUGCUGGCACCGCGUUCUUCUAUGUAUUUUUACCAGAGACAAAAGGCAAAACACUGCAAGAAAUUGAGGAUUAUUUCUCUGGAAGAAUUAAGAGUUUAUCCGGGAAAAACACACAGACCGAAAUUGCGUAG